UCUAUGUGCAGUGCAGUGUGCCGGCUGCAGGUUUUGCCAAAAGGAUUAGAUUUCGUUUUCCCCCGACAUUGUCAAAUUCGCGCCAUUCAGACAACUUCCGUAUGUCUAAAGAACCGGGCAGCACGUGUGCGUGUGGGUAAAGGCGACAAGCCUGUGACCUAUGAAGAAGCCCAUCCUCCGCACUUUAUCGCCCAUAGGAAAGGCUGGCUGUCUCAACAUACAAGUAACUUGGAUGCUGAAGAGGACACUGCAGGGCGUACGAUAGAAGAUAUCUACAUUCGGAAAUUUAUGUAUGGCACGUUCCACGGCUGCCUGGCUAAUGAGAUUGUGAUCAAGAGACGGGCCAAUCUAAUCGUGAUCUGCGCUAUCGUUCUCCAGAGGCUCCCGCCACAGAAGUUCUAUUUUCUGGUUGGCUACACCGAGUCCUUGCUGUCCUUCUUGUACAAAUGUCCGGUGAGGGUUGAACUACAGACCGUAGAAGAUAAAGUCAUUUACAAGUGGUUGUAA